AUGGCAGAACAAUCUCAAGCAGCUCAGCCGCCGCUGCGGAUCGGCACCCGGAGAUCAAACCUCGCUGUUGUGCAGGCUGAGGGCAUCCGCGACAGCCUCAAGAGGAUUGCACCCGAACGAACUUUUGAGAUUGAGGCGCUUCACACUCUCGGUGACAAGGACAAAUCCACGGAGCUUUACAACUUUGGAGCAAAGAACUUAUGGACGGCCGAAUUGGAGGAGAAGCUGAAUGCCGGCGAACUGGAUGUCGUCGUUCAUUGUCUCAAAGAUAUGCCGACAAGGCUUCCUGACUCAUGCGAUCUGGCGGCCAUUCCCCUACGUGAUGACCCCCGUGACGCUCUGAUUGUAAAGGCGGGCCUGCCGUAUACCAGCCUCCAGACGCUACCUGAAGGCGCAGUUGUUGGCACUUCCUCAGUGCGGCGAUCAGCACAGCUUCGCCGUCUCUACCCUCAUCUCCGCUUUGCCAACAUGCGCGGCAACGUGGAAACUCGGAUAGCCAAGGUCGACAAUCCGGAAGGUGAGUAUACUUGCAUGAUCAUGUCCGCUGCCGGUCUCGAGCGGGUUGGUCUCAAGCACCGCAUCAACCAGUAUCUGGGCUCCAAGGACGGCGGGAUUUUCCACGCGGUUGGUCAGGGAGCGCUCGGCUUGGAGAUUCGGAAGGGAGAUAUCAAGGUCUUGGAGCUAUUGGACAAGCUGGCUGAUGAAAAGUCUACUUUGGCUUGUCUUGCUGAGCGGUCUCUGUUGUAUACUCUUGAGGGCGGUUGCACUGUCCCGAUUGGAGUAGAGACGGAGUGGGCGGACGAGUCAAAUCGUCUUCUGAGGAUGAGAGCGAUUGUGGUUAGCCUUGAUGGUGCUCAAAGCGUUGAAGAUUCCAUCGAUGCAGCUGUCAAGACCAAUGACGAGGCUAGGAAGCUUGGACAGGAAUUGGCUGAAAGGUUGGUCAAGGCGGGAGCGGAUGCAAUUCUGAAGGAGAUCAAUGCUACUCGGCCACCGAAAGAUUGA